AUGGCACAUAAUGUGUUUUGCUCGACCAAUACACAACUGCCAACGGGUCAGAAGCGUGGGAAAGGUGAUUUUUUCUUUUCGUUCUCUGUGUAUAUUAUUUUUCUCUUUUUCCUUCUUUUUCUCUUUCUUUCUUUCUUUCUUUCUUUCUUUCUUUCUCUCUUUCUUUCUUUCUCUCUUUCUUCACUGCAAAUUUCUCACGGUUUUCUUUCAUUUAUCUUUCUUUCUUUCUUUCUUUCUUUCUUUCUUUCUUUCUACUUGCUGCCAUUUCCUCUUCCCUUCUUUCCUUCUAUUAAUUCUUUCUUUUCCCUUCCUUUUCAUUUUCUUCCUGCUCUUUUUCUAUAUAAUACACACACACGCGCGCAUAUCUAUCUAUCUAUCUAUCUAUCUGUCUGUCUGUCUGUCUGUCUUAUCCCUUUCCUUCCCUCUAGUUCUUGUCUCUACUCUCUUUUUUUUUUUGUUUGCCUCUCUUCUUCUUCUUCUUCUUCUUCUUCUUCUUCUUCUUUCUCUCUCAUUCCUUCUAUAUUAGUUUUCUAUAUUAGUUUUUUCUAUUUUCUUUCCUUAUCGCUUUUCUCUUUCUUUUUCUUCUCUUCGCUCUUUUUCCUUUUUCUCUUUUUCUGUCUCUUCAUUUCUUUCUUUCUAGUUGUGCAGGUGAAUCAAUUACAUUAUCUAUCUAUCUAUCUAUCUAUCUAUCUAUCUAUCUAUCUGUCUGUCUCAUCCUACCUGUCAAACAAAGUUCUCUGUUCUCUGAUUCUUAAUAUCUAA